AAAAUAUUACAUUCGAAAGCUCAAUUCCUCUAUCAAUUCAACCAUAAACAAGCGAUUUUGGUUUUUUGAAGUUUAUAAGUACAAUCUACAUUACUAAUGGCAGCUUUAGCUGCUUCAGUUCCUCAAUGGAUACCUGAAGAUGACCUCUUAUUGAAGAAUGCCGUUGAGGCAGGCGCUUCUUUAGAAGCACUUGCUAAAGGAGCUGUUCGAUUCUCGAGAAAAUUUACUGUUGGAGAAUUGCGUGAUAGAUGGCAUUCUCUUCUCUAUGAUCCUAUUAUAUCAGCUGAAGCUUCUGCUCGUAUGAUGGAGGUAGAACUUUCUGUUACGAAUUCUAGGGUUAGUGUUGCUGAGGUAUCUGUUAAAAGAAAGCUUGAAACUGUUCGACAGAUGUAUUAUGCUACGAGGAAGAAAAUUUGUAGCCGAUCUGCAAAAUGUCCUAAUUUUAGUUUUCUUGAUGCGCCGGACAAUGGGAUAGCAUUUCAUAGUCCGGUAGGAGAUGGAAAUUGUGUGUUUGGUGAUUCUAAUCAAAACCAAUUGGAAGGUAAUUUAUCAGGAAUGGAAGCAAAUGGUGUUGAUAUACUUAAUUGUUCACCUGCAAUUUCAAAAUGUGAUUAUGCAGAUCUUUCGGAGGCACUAUUAAACUUUUCGAAUGAGGAUGAUCUGCUUUUAGUGGAUGCAGAUGGUCAACACGCGGUAGAUAAUAAAUCUUGUUUUGAUGAUGGCAUUUCAAUGAGUUUUUGGGAUAAUGAUCAUGGUAGUGCACAAGAUGUUAAAGAACCAAAUACAUUAUUUUCAGAUGUUAAAGAAUCAAAUACAUUAUUUUCAGAUGAAAGUCUUGAAAUUCCUGAGGGGCCACGUUUUUGUUCAGAAAUGAAUUUACCAUCAUCUGUAUUAGCAGAAAGUACAUUAUCUAUGAAGCACUCUGAUGUAGAACUUGAGUGUAUUUUAAACAGUGAAGACCCUGAAAUUCCAUGCAAUGAUCAUGUUUUCUUUCCUAGAAAAGAUAAACAAGGGCAACGGUUGGUGAAGAAACAAGAAAAUCCUCUGCCAUCUCUUAUUUCUACCCGAGUAUCGGUACUGAACAUCUGGCCAGGAACCAGUUCAGGCCAUCAACCUGUUGGCUGUCGAGUCAAAUGUGAAUCUCCUCGUGAUGCAGCCUCCAGAGAGGCUAAUGGAGACUCCAACCAAUGCAGUGUAAACCAGGCUGCUCGAAUCUCCACCAAAGUUGAACUACUGAAUUCAGAGACAUUACAUGCAUGUAAUUUCAUGGAUUUGCCAGUAUAUGCGACGACAUGCUCACCUGAACAAGUGACUUCAGUGACAGAAUCAGACACCUUGAUGGUAAAUGAGGAAGAAUCUGAGAUUGAAGAUGAUUUUCCAUCCUAUUCUGAUAUUGAGGCCAUGAUACUUGAAAUGGACUUAUUCCCAGAUGAUAUAGAUUCUCACAUUUCUAGUGAAGUCUCAAGGUAUCAAAAUGAGGAUUCUGUAAGGAAAAUUAUAAGAUUGGAACAGUGUGCUCAAUCAUCAAUGCAAAGGACCAUUGCAUCUCGAGGUGCACUUGCUGUCUUGUAUGGACGCCAUUUGAAGCAUUAUAUAAGGGAAACUGAGGUUAUACUUGGCAGAGCAACAGAUGAUAUGAAAGUUGAUAUUGACUUGGCAAGAGAAGGGCCUGCCAACAAAAUAUCAAGACGGCAGGCACUCAUAAGGAUGGAAGCAGAUGGUUCCUUCUUUUUGAAGAAUCUUGGUAAAAGUCUAGUAUUUUUGAAUGGCAAAGAAGUUGUGACAGGGCAGACUGUGGGUCUUGGUUCAAGUAAUUUGAUUGAGAUUGGGGGAAUGGCGUUUGUGUUUGAAACUAAUAGCAAAUCUGUGCAACGGCAUCUGGUGAAUGCUACCAAAAACCGUCAACAGGGCAAUAUCAGAUUUCAAUGGUCUGAAGGAUUUCAUGAGUAGAGGAUUGCCAUUAACAGGUUCUUUAUCUCCUUCUGAGCUUCUUAGGUGAACAAAAAUUGUAGUAGUAGUAGUAGUAGUAGUAGUAGUGUACCUGUCCAGCUAUAUGUAUAGAUAAAGAAAAUUUCAUGUCUUGGACAGCAAUUGUUUAUGUGAAUAUGUUACGUAUAUGAAAUAUAGUCAUUGCAUUGUCUCA